ACGUCGUCAAAACAAUUACUCGGCACAGGUUUCUACGACAUAAUGUCGUCGUGUGAAAGAAAAUUGUAAAUCUUUGCACAAAAGUUAGAAUUGCUCCUGGAAUAUAACCACAAAAUAGUUAACAAAUAGUAGAAAAACUUAAGAAAAAAACAAAAUAAAAAACAUUUCAUGGUAUUCAGACAAUAAAAAGCAGCAGCAAAGUGUUUUAAAAGCAAGAAAUUAUUGUAAAAGUGAUUUUUUAAUGACGACGUCAAUUUGCAAAUAACAGCAGCAGCACAAGAAAAAAUUUUCUAAUAAAAAAAAUUUUAACAACGCUGUCUGCAAGGGAUAUUGUGAACAGAUUUCAGAAAAGAAAAGCUAAAUCAAAGAACUGGAGUUUUGGAACUAAAGAAAAUAUUUAAUAUUUUUGCAAUUGCUAAAGAAAAAAUGCAAAUCCCUAGACUAUUGGCGAGCGAGGUCGACUUUUUCAAAGGCAAAGCUUAGCAGAGCUCUGCGAAAUGCGUACAUCCGAUACCGCAGCCAUUAAGGCAGAGAAAAAAGUGAAAUUAUUAUUGUGUGUUAAUCAGAAAUUAUAUAGAAAAACUUGAUAUUUUUUCUUUAAAAAAAGAAGUAAACGUUUAUUUAUCAAGAGUAUUUUGACAACAUAAAGAAAAACCCUAAAACAAUACAAAGGAAAAAUAGACAUUUUUGCCUAUUUUGGGACUAUAUAGUGAUUUAUAGCUCGAGUUUUUUGCUUUUUUUCUGGCGAUUGUAAUAAAAAUUUUGUAAAGUGAACGGUUCGGUUGGUCGUGGAAACGAAUAUAAAAAUUAAAAAAAAAUAAUAUAGAAAAAAAUAUUGUGGUGUUUGAAAAUAUACACGUUGGUAGUUUUUCUAACUUUUUAAUUUUGAUAAUUAAAGAAAAUCUUUUUAAAAUUAAAUUAAUACAAAAUAAAAAAAUAAUAAAACUUUUUUGUCCAUUGUAUGGCUGAAUAUUAUGCAAAACAUACUGUACUAAAAAAAGCUGGUGAACAAAAACAACAAAAAAAAAGAAAGAACAAUAUUCAAGUGAUUUUCGUGUUUCAUUUAAACAGCAGCAGAAAAAAACCUGAUUUUUUUCCAAUUUGGAAUAGGAUUUAAGCAAAAAUAUACAAGAAAUUAUAAAAAAAGCCUCCGAAAAAAAGAAAAUCCAAAAACAAAAAAGAAAAUAAAAACAACAUUAGUGUGAUUUAAAAACUCCUUAAACACGCGACAGAUAGAGUAGAAACGUUGAAAUAGAGAACGCAGAGAAUAAUGUCCACAAAGAUAACUGCUUCAGCCGAUAGUAGUAGUAACACUACCGCCAGUCCAGCCGCAACUUCGUCAAUGUCUACUGCAGCAAAUGGUUCCACAACACCCGCCAGACGUCUACGCACCAGAACCUCAACCGGUGGUAAUGUAAGUGGUGGUGAAUCAGCUCAAAAGAAAUAUGGCCCACUCACCGAAAGAAGUGACUCAAUUUCCAAUGCGUCCAGCACGACUACAGGAAAUGAAGACAAACCAAGUGCAAGUAAAAAAUAUCACAACAGUUGUCCUCAACCGCCAACCAGUUCUGGCCGCAAAGAAAAGAAUCAUUCUCAACCUCACAGCUCCAGUACUUUCAAUAUGAAUAAAACGGAAGAGUUUAACUUUGAUACACCCUUGGAGUGUCCAGUGUUUCGCCCCACAACGGAGGAAUUUAAAAAUCCUUUGGCCUAUAUCAGUAAGAUACGACCGAUUGCCGAAAAAUGUGGUAUAGCCAAGAUUUUGCCACCGGAGUCCUGGUCGCCACCGUUUGCAGUGGAUGUGGAUAAAUUGAAAUUUACGCCACGUGUUCAACGUCUCAAUGAAUUGGAAGCUAAAACACGUGUAAAAUUAAACUUUCUCGAUCAAAUAGCGAAAUUUUGGGAAUUGCAAGGUUCUUCUCUCAAAAUACCCAUGGUGGAACGCAAAGCACUCGAUUUAUACACACUACACCGUAUUGUUCAGGAAGAAGGCGGAAUGGAGCAGACAACCAAGGAACGCAAAUGGGCCAAAGUAGCAAAUCGUAUGUCUUAUCCUUCUAGUAAGAGUGUGGGUGCCACGCUUAAGGCCCACUAUGAACGCAUUCUGCAUCCUUUUGAGGUCUAUACAUCGGGCAAAGUUUUGGGACAAGGUAGUGGUACUGUAGGCAGUCCAGAUGUUAAGCUAGAAGAUGGCACCGAUUACAAGGCCCAUGAGAUACCCACACGUCAACAAAUUGCUCCACCCAAUGAGACCAAUGCCAGGCGUUCCAAACGUUUUGCAAAUUCUAGUGCCAGCUGUGGCUUGGGCGUUAAUCGUGGUGGUGUCAAAACCGAGACCAAGGAAGACUUUAAACGCGAUUUAUUAAGUUGUUUCAAUGCUUCUGCAGCUUCAGCCGCCAAUCGGGCAAAUGCUGGUAAUGGCAUUGCCGGCUCAGCCCAAAAGAAGGCUCCCGAUCCCAAUGCUGCCGUGGAUCCUUUAAUGAAAUACAUUUGCCACAUCUGUAAUCGCGGUGAUGUAGAGGAAUCAAUGUUAUUAUGCGAUGGAUGCGAUGAUUCAUAUCAUACCUUCUGCUUGUUGCCACCUUUAUCCAGUAUACCAAAAGGUGAAUGGCUUUGUCCACGUUGUGUGGUGGAAGAGGUUAGCAAGCCCACCGAAGCCUUUGGUUUCGAACAGGCCGAACGUGAAUACACUUUGCAGCAAUUUGGUCAGAUGGCUGAUCAAUUUAAAAUGGACUAUUUCCGUAAGCCGGUACAUUUAGUGCCCACCGAUUUGGUGGAGAGAGAAUUCUGGCGUAUAGUUUCCUCCAUCGAUGAGGAUGUAACAGUGGAAUAUGGCGCUGAUCUUCAUACCAUGGAUCAUGGUUCGGGUUUCCCCACAAAAAGUUCUCUCUACUUGUUACCCGGAGACCAGGAAUAUGCCGAAUCGAGUUGGAAUCUAAACAAUUUGCCUUUGCUGGAAGAUUCAAUACUGGGACACAUAAAUGCCGACAUUAGCGGUAUGAAUGCUCCUUGGAUGUAUGUGGGUAUGUGUUUUGCCGCUUUCUGUUGGCAUAACGAGGAUCACUGGAGUUAUUCUAUCAAUUAUUUACAUUGGGGUGAACCGAAAACCUGGUAUGGUGUACCCGGCAGUUGUGCUGAGCAAUUUGAGGAAACCAUGAAACAGGCUGCCCCUGAAUUAUUUGCUUCACAGCCCGAUUUAUUGCAUCAGCUAGUAACCAUUAUGAAUCCCAACAUAUUGAUGAACAAUGGAGUGCCCGUUUAUCGCACCGACCAGAAUGCCGGUGAAUUUGUGAUAACAUUUCCUCGUGCCUACCACGCCGGUUUUAACCAGGGCUACAAUUUUGCCGAAGCGGUUAAUUUCGCCCCAGCCGACUGGCUUAAAAUGGGUCGUGAGUGUAUAAAUCACUAUUCGAUGUUGCGUCGUUUCUGUGUUUUCUCGCACGAUGAACUUGUCUGUAAAAUGGCCCUCGAGCCAGCCAAGCUGACGUUUGGCAUAGCCACCGCCUGUUACAUUGAUAUGGCUGAAAUGGUUGAUUCCGAGAAAAAAUUACGUAAAUCUCUGUUAGAAUGGGGCGUUACCAGGGCAGAGCGCAAAGCAUUUGAACUGAUACCAGAUGAUGAACGCCACUGUCAAGAGUGCAAUACAACAUGUUUCCUUUCGGCCGUCUCUUGUGAGUGUACAAAGACUAUAGUUUGCUUACGCCACUAUACCGUCUUGUGCACUUGUCCACCGGAUAAACAUACUUUAUUGUAUCGCUACACACUCGAUGAGAUGCCCCUGAUGUUACAAAAACUCAAAUCUAAAGCUCAAAGUUUCGAGAGAUGGUUGUCACGGUGCCGGGACAUCGUAGAUGCCAAUACACCCACUUCAGUAACCUUGCAAGAGCUCCAAGAGUUGUGCAAGGAGGCGGAGAUUAAGAAGUUUCCCUCGUCUCUAUUAAUUGAUCGCCUUAAUGCUGCUGUCUUGGAGGCAGAGAAAUGUGUUACAGUGAUUCAACAGUUGGGUAUAAAUAAGGUUCGCACCCGUUCCGAUAAUAAUUUGGAAGCUGCACAGUACAAACUCACAAUGGAGGAACUUGAACUUUUUGUUCAGGAAAUCGAUAAUCUCUGUUGUACCAUCGAGGAGGGUGUUUCAGUGCGAGAACUGUUAGUUUUAGGCAAACAAUUUGUAGAACGCACCAAUGAAAUGCUAAAGCAUUCAUUAGAUGCUCUAGAGGAAUCGGAAUUGGAAGCCAUUAUCGGAGAAGGCAACUCACUGCGCAUUGAAUUGCCCCAAAUGCAGCAAUUAAACAUGCGACUCAAACAAUUAAAAUGGUACAAACGUUCACAAGGCCUAAGGGCUGCCAGUGCAAAACUUACUUACGAUGACGUUAAGAAUUUGUUGCAUGUAGCAGCCGCUGAGAUUGCACCCACAGAUCCCAUAAUUGAUGCAGAAAUACGCAAACUGCAAGAGAUUGGAGCCUCAAUAGAAGCCUGGGAAUGCCAGGCCAGCAAAUAUUUUAAUUGCAGUACGCAACGCCAUGAACUGGUGGAAAUUGAACAAUUCCUUAAAACCGCCACUGAUAUAGAGGGUUUGGUGCCAUCCUAUAGUAUACUAAAGGAUGCCCUACGCAAGGCCAAAGAAUGGUUAAGGUCUGUUGAACAGCUGCAAGCCAAUGACCACUUUCCCUAUUGUCAUACUCUAGAAGCAAUUGUCAAUCGUGGUGCGAGUAUACCCAUAAGACUGGAGGAACUUUUGCGUAUGCAGGGCCAUCUGAAAAGUGCUCAUGACUGGAAGGAGAAUACCGAAAGAGCAUUUUUAAAGAAAAACACCUUCUAUACACUUUUGGAGGUUUUAAUGCCCCGCGGAGAGUCGGUCAUUAUUGACUCGGAUCUAAAGAAAAAAUUCGAAGAUGAUUUCGUUAAAGAAAUGAAUCCUGCACAAAUUGUGGAAUCAUUUAAAAUAGCCGAGGAAAAGGAAUUGCGUGAUAUGCGAGAACACAGACGACAAAAUAUGACUAAAAAUCCUCUGCGCGAUGACUACUGUCUCUGCAAGUCAUCUUUCCAGGGUGUAAUGUACAAUUGUCAAUUAUGCCGGGAUUGGUUCCAUGAGGACUGUGUACCGCCGCCACCACAAACGAAUUGUGCUGCAGACGAAGGCCUCAAAAUGAAGUGGUUGUGUCCUUCAUGUGUUCGUUCAAAGAGACCACGCCUGGAAACUAUAUUACCCCUGUUGGUGUCCUUACAAACGUUACCCAUACGCUUGCCCGAAGAUGAAGCUCUACGCUGUCUAGCGGAAAGAGCCAUGAAUUGGCAAGAUCGUGCCCGUAAAGCCCUUACAAGUCCCGAUGUUACAGCUGCCUUAGAAGUUAUAGCUGCGGCGGCCCAGCAAAGGAAUAACAAACAGAAGAAACGUAAAGGCGCUAAGGAGUCAGGAGCAGCACGCAAACCACGACGCAGUAGUCAACGUAACUCCAAAGAUGAGGGUUCCGACAAUGGCGAUUCAGAUGAUGAGGGACGUUUACAUAUAGUGGAGGAAAACUUUAGUAAUGAUGAGGAGGAAGAGGGCGAAGCGAAUGCAACAAACGAUAACGCCAACAAUACACACAAUGGUCUCCAGUUGCAGAAGUUAUUGUCCGAUAGCGAAACAGACAAUCUCGACGAACUGAUGAUGGAAGGCGACCUUCUAGAAGUAUCACUCGAUGAAUCACAAGAACUUUGGAGGGUGCUUUCCACAGUACAACCAGCCCAGCCUUCCGAAGCAGCAGCACUUGUUGAACAGCAUCAAACGAUGCUUAAGCAACAGAACCAACAAAACCAACAACCGCCUUCCAGUGUCAAUUCAGCAGCCGAAGACUCCAACGACAGCUUAAUGGUACAGAGCAGUCCCAACAGCACUAGUAAUAGUGGUAGCGGCAAUGGACGCUCAUCAGCCAGUGUGGUUAAGAAGCGACGUUCUCUGGAUCCCACAACGGGAUGUCCUGUGCCUAGGAAAAAAAUUGCCACACCGAACAAACAUAAUGCCGGAUCAAACACAACUACGACGAAAAAAUCUUCACGGAAAUCAGAUGCCAAUAGCAAGUCUGUAGCUGCAGCAGCAGCCGAUGACAAUUCCGAGAAUUACACACCCACCAAACAAUCAAAUGGCGGUAACCAAAAUCAAAACAAUAACAGCACUGCUUCCGGUUCGCAAAAGAAACACCGCAAGCGAGUGGGAGGCAAUAAUAACAACAGCAACAACACAGUAACGGCUAGUCAAAAGAAGAACUCUCAAAGAGCUCAAAUGGCUCAGCAGGAGGAUGACGAAGAAGAAUGUCGUGCCGAAAACUGUCACAAACCAACCGGACGCGAAGUUGACUGGGUGCAAUGUGAUGGCGGCUGUAACGAAUGGUUCCACAUGUAUUGUGUUGGACUCAAUCGCAGUCAAAUCAAGGCAGAUGACGACUACAUUUGCAUACGUUGUUCAAAGAAUGUCACCGUAACCACAACGGGUGGCGGAACAGCAGCAGCAGUGACGACACAACAAAAAGGCCGCUCCCAAACGGCACGAUAAAUGUUGAUGAUGAUAAUGAUGAUAAAGGCCAGCCGUCUAAAUAAUUUCUUGUAUACAUAAUAGUAAAUAUUCAAUCGAUAUUAAAUUUAACAAAAAAAGAAGAUUCUGUUUUAAAUGGGCAUAAUUUUUUUUUGUGAAACACACACUUUAAUCCCUCCCUAACCCAAGCUACUCCCACAUGUUCUUCUCCUACUACUACUACUACAGCAACUUCUCUAUUACUUUGUUUUUCUAUUUAGUAACAAGAGAAUUACGAAUACAAAACACACACGCAAAGCCAAGCAAACAACCAACCAACUAAUAAACCUCUGAAAUAUGAAGUAAAUGAAUAAAUGAAUUAAGUUAUUUUAGCACAGAAUUCCUUUAACACGCAGCUAGAAACUUUACUUUCAAAACAGAACUUAAAACUAAAACUCAAAACGACGAUGAGCCAAACAUCAUCCAAUUGUUAAGGAAGAAGCAACAAUUACAAAUGAAUUGAAAUGAUGACAAACCAGAAGAAAUCUGCACUUGCAACUUGCAACAACUGUAUAUGGAAAACAUAAUUAAUAAGAAUUAUAUUUAGCAACAAUGUAUUUAGUUUUCUUUUUUUUUAAUUACAGAAAGUUUUAAGCAAGAGUUCGAUUUUUUCUCUACAAUUUGCUAAAUUGUUACUAAUUAAAACGAAAAAUUAUAGAUUGGUAGUAGUUUUUUUGUCUGAAUUUUCUUUUUUUUUAUAUAAAUAUAUACUUAUAUACAUAUAUAUAAAGAAAUAUAUAAUAUUUUUAUGAUUUUACUGAAAAUAAAAGCGAUAACUUAUAUGUAAUUUUUAUUUAAUUAUGUUAGUUUGUAUUUGUAAUUUGUAAUGCUUAAUUAGUAUGUAACACUCUGCCCAAUAAUAAUAAUAAUAAUAUGAUUAGAGUAUAGCAAAUAUAUGUAUAUGUGUGUAUAUACAUAUAAAUAUUUAUUAUUACAUACAUACAUAUAUGCAUAUAUAUUUAUAUAUACUUAAACAAAAAGGAAAAAAAAAUAAUUAAAACAAAAGAAAAAAAAGUAACAAUGAGUAUAAGAAAACGAGAAAAAAAUUCUAUAAAUAAUUACACCUAGAUUUAAAUACAUAAUAUACAUAUGUACAGAUAAUGUACUACGGAUAUGUAUGUAUUAUUUGCAAAAUUUUGAAAAAUAUAAUAAAACAAAAUUUAAUCAAAAAUAAUAACAAAACAACUCUAAUAAAAACCAUAAAUUAUAUAGAAAAAGACGAAGACUAGAAAAAUAAAAUGAAAAUUUCUUAUAAACAGACAGCAGGACUGACUGACUCUCUCUCUCUCUGUCAAAGACUUAUCAAAGACAUAACUUUUGGACCUAACGUUUGCAACCUUUAAAGUAGUAACUUUAGCCUAAAAAACACAAUUCUUUCUUUUCUUUUUAAACAUAUUGUACAUUUUUUAUUUCUUUUUUUAACGUGUAAAAAUUAAUUAAAUUAAUAUAUUGACUAAUAUAAUACUUUGAUUACAUUUUUAGCAUAUAAAAUCCACACACACACACACAGUUACACAACCGUACAUAUAUAUACAUACAUUAAUAAAUAAAUACAUACAUACUUAUAUAUAUAUAUAUUAUGAACCCUUAAAUUUAAAUUUGAUGUAAUUCUAUAUGAUUA